AUGACCGAGUCCGACUACUUUUCGUCCGAUGAUGAGGCGGCUCGCUCGACGAUCAGCGCCCCUGCCUCACAUCGUCCUAUUGCGCCCCUACCGACUGGCGAAGCACGCAAACCACGCGCUACGCGCUCGUUCGCUGCACUGCGCAACUCGUACCUGGACAGCGCCGAAGCGAUGCAGGAAGACGAAGUGGCCGAGACGGAGGCAACGCCGAGCAGCAGCACUGCGGACGUGAAAGAGGCGGCGCCGAAGAAAAAGUCAGUGCUGUCACCGACGGCUGCGCCACAUACGCCAGCAUCUGUGCUGCGUCAACAGCAACAGCAACAGCAACAGCAACAGCAACAGCAAAGUCUCAUGUCGGCUUCAGCGGCGGCAGCAGCAGCUACAUCGACGGGCGGCUCGCAGCUGCCGUCCAAACGUACACGAGCUGACCCUAGCAUGGUCCCUGCGAUACCCAAGGUGCCCAAGACCAAUGCUGAUAAGGAAUCGACGCCACGUCUGAUUGUGGUGCUGGAGCAAGCGUGCUUGGAGACGUACAAAGUCUCAAGUGGCAGUGCUACGCACUCCCGAGGCAACAAGGAGGCGAGUGAGAAGUAUGCCCUUCUUAACUGCGAUGAUCACCAAAAGGUGCUGGCAAAGAUGGGCCGCGAUAUUGCGGAGGCCCGUCCGGACAUUACGCACCAGUGCCUUCUCACGCUGCUGGACUCGCCUCUGAACAAGGCCGGUCUCCUACAAGUGUACAUCCACACGUCGAAGGGCGUGCUGAUUGAAGUCAAUCCGCAAGUGCGUAUUCCACGUACCUUUAAGCGGUUCAGUGGCCUUAUGGUGCAGCUGCUGCAUCGGCUGAGUAUUCGCUCGAUCAAGGGCUCGGAGAAGUUGCUGCGUGUGAUCAAGAACCCUGUGACAGACUACUUCCCUGCGAACACCCAUAAGAUCACACUGUCGUACAAUGCGCCUGUGCAGCGCCUCACGUCGUAUCUUGCCACGAUUCCCGCAGACCGCAGCAUUGCUGUGUUUGUCGGUGCCAUGGCGCAUGGCGAAGACAACUUUGCGGACGAUGUCGUCGACGAAAAAAUCUCUAUCAGUGAGUACAGCCUUAGUGCCAGUGUGGCGUGCGGUAAGUUUUGCUGCAGCCUGGAAGAUCUCUGGGGUAUUGUGUAA